UGACACCGUCACAUACAUGGCUGCUCAAAGAGGCCGGAUUUGAGCGACGACGACCAGCAGUAUAGCCUGGAACAAUGAGCAACUCUGUCUUGCUAUCCCUCAACCACCGUGAUGCUCUGGCGCGAUUCAAGGCCUUAUUCCAUCAAUAUACCCAAGCGGAUACACCGAUACCGCUCGAAAUACUGCCAACAAUCCUUGAUCUGCUGAGGUACUCUCUGCGACCCUCCGACAUCGAUGUCUUGGCCUUCAUGCCGGACGGCGUGGAAAUCAUCCACCGCGCUACCAUGGCACUGCAAGCCUACGCUCAGCUUUGCUUGUCUGCUUCACAGUCAUUUCCCGAAAGCCUGUCUUCGCUCCUCUCAGAUGCGUGGCCCUGGAUAGCCUUGCUCACGGUGUCGUUCACAUCAAUCGUGGAUAUCCUGCUCCUGAAGGGCACGAAAGAAGAUGCUGAACGCCUGAAAUAAUCUGUCCUCUCCUCCUCCAGUACCAUCUUCCAGUCUAUCUGGCCGCAUGCUGCUGCACGACAGUUCCUGCUAGCGCAACAAGACUUCAUACAUAAAGUACUUCUCAUGAUUCUGUCGACGCAGAACCAGGACUUGAUUAAACCGGCGUCUCGGUUGAUCGAUAUUCUGAAAGAACUUCCACUCUCCCCAGGCACGGAAGGGCGUGCGCUCGCUGCAUUGGCAACAGUAGACCCUUCCGCGCUGUUGAACGUUCUUCUCAACAAGACCGACUGGGUCUAUCUCCCAG